AUGACCGUCAAGAAUGUCCUCAGGGUUGACGCUCCCGACAUCAUGAAUAUUGAGGAUGCCAAGGCUGAACUCCAGAGCGAACGAGAAGCGUAUUGGGCACAUCUCACCGACACUAAAUUGAGGAAGGAGAGACGGUGCCGCCAGAAUCGGAUCAACAAAUACAUAUCACGCUGGAGAGAAGAGUUCCAUCUUGUGACAACCGAGGACUACCACCCAUUAGCAUGCGAACUUCAAGAUAUGCGUGAGGGUGGAAAGCCCGAUACAGAAACCUCGAAUGAUGAAGACAGUAUCUUCGACUCACCAAUGGAUUUUCAUUUUGGCCCACUCGACGAACCAUCUUCCAAAGAGAUUGACGAUGUUUCAUACGACAUCUUCCUUGUCAUCAACGUACCCAAGAGUAUGAGCGACCCUGCGCUCGCACCAUCCGGAGAAAAGGACUUGAAUGCUGAACAAACAGGGCUGACGGACCUAUACUUGAACAGGUUCUAG